CAUACAUUUCUAUCUCAAACUUGAAGACCCAAAAAAAUUCAUAUCCCGCGGGCGCUCAGUACUCCCUUCUUCUUCCAUAAUAUUUCCCCGCGUCUUGCCCGUCGCCGGUGGUUCUCCCAGUCGCCGUCGACCCGUCGUCGCCGCCCGUAGUCGGUGGUACUCAAGCAAGGGUCUAUUUCCUUGCCUCCUCACCGGUGGUUCCUGCUCGAAAAACCACCGUAGAAGUUAUUCCUGCUCCGAAAGCCACAGGUGAAGUCAUUCCCUGCUCGAAAAACUUAGCUACUUUGCUCGGCCGGUUUGCGAAAUCUGUUCUCCGUCAAUCCUCGCCGCGGCAAUUAUCCCUUUAUUCUUCGAAGCUAAUUGAUCUCGAUGUCAUGUCAAAGAGUGAUCCGAUGGCUGUAGUUUACAUGAAGAAGCGAAAUGGGACUCUUGAGGAAAUUGGUCGUACAGAGGUUAUCUUAAACGAUUUGAACCCUGUCUGGAUUGGGAAAAUAUCUGUUGCUUACCAUUUUGAGACUGUUCAGUCACUGGUAUUUCAUGUAUUCGAUGUUGAUACCACACAUCACAAUGUACCAGUGAAGACAAUCAAGUUAUCGGAUCAGGAUUUUCUUGGAGAAGCUAGCUGUGUGUUAUCAGAGCAAACUUCAAACAUCAGUUUCAGCCUUAGAAAAUAUGCACAGAGACAAGACUGGCAUCAGCUUUGUUAAGCAACACCAUGGUCGUGAAAAGGUGCUUGUGCUCAACAAUACUUGAAUUUAUGGCUGAUUUUGAGUUCCUUUUGUAACUUUUAAUGAUCAUAUUUCUUGGUGAUGAUCACUACAGAUUCUUAAGGGUCAGCUGUAUGUAGAUGCAUUCCGUGAAAGGCAGCUGUACAGCUUUCUUGAUUAUAUUUCUAGUGGUUUUGAGCUCAACUUCAUGGUUGCUGUUGAUUUUACUGUUAUGUAAAGUUUGCUAGCUGAUGAAGAUAGAUGAAAUACAAGAUGAGUCAUUGACAAUAUUCACACUAAUCCUUUGUAAUUGUGCUUUAUUUUGAUUUCGUGCAGCUUCAAAUGGAAAUCCUAGAAGUCCAGAAUCUUUGCACUAUAUUGACCCCUCUGGCAGAUUGAACGCAUAUCAGCAAGUCUAUACUACAGGAAUGCGCCUUAUGCUAGUGAGGAAAUUGAUGUGGUUCGUGACCAAUGGGCUAAGUUUUUUACCAGAAAGUAUUUAUUAUUGGCCUGAGCGCGUUUGAUCGAGUUGGCUUAGAUGUUAUAGAACAAUAUUUUGUAUUAAAAUGUAUGCGUACGUUGAAAUUGGAACGUACAUAUAUUUAAAUGUAUUAGUACGUGCACUUUGGUUUUGGAAUAUAUACAAAACUACAGUUAUUGUUUA